UCAUCAAUCGGAACUCGACCGCGAAUCGGUUCGGAUGUGCGCCUCCGGUAGUGUGCCACAUCGUCUCGCGUUUAAGUUCUAUUUUCAUGUUUUUUUUGUUGUUGCUUCACAAAAUUGAUGUUGAUUGUUUAUUACCGUUCCAUUAUUGUGAUACGACGAGUAGGGAGAAUGAAAUUGGGGCCAUCUCGGUCAUUCUGUCAGUUGGUAACUGGAAACCCCCUUUUUCGAAUGUUUUCUGGAUUAGUAAACCUAAACUGAGGUGAGAUCAUCGCAGUCGAGUGGGGAGAAAAGAAGAAAAAAACUUGUGAAUUCGUGAUAACAACCGGUGAAGGAUAAGAAUCGAUUCGGUAACAGAACUCGAAUAUUAUCGAAAAUGUGAUAAACCAAAAAGCCGUCGGCCAUUCCGUGGUCAACGGAGAUUAUCAGGCGAUUUAUUUAAUAGUGCAGUGAGAUUGUGUUUAAAAUGUUGAAAAGCAAAACAUGAAACUCGGUAACUGCCGACGGCUGGAUUUGGGUCGGGCAUCAGGGGUUUUGUUAGUGGUUAGAACCCCCGUCGUCCUAUCCUAUAGAGCGUAAAAUAGUAAAAAGUGCAAUUCACCAAACGGUAGUUAAUUGUGUGCAAUCUUACGGACCGUGCUUUACAACAGACAACCCCCGGUUUAAAAUAUGUACAUAACUGAAAUAGCACGCGAUCAACGCACCGUGUCAAAGCCUACUGACGGACGGCGGUUCUGGUUUAGGGUGCUUAACUUUUCACCGUUCCAGCGAGUGUUGUUUUUUUUGACAAUCGCCUGUCAGAACAUUAUCUCUUAUGUGGUGCUCAAAUUUUUAGGUCAUUUUCAUGCAGAAAACACCAAACUAUACAAUUUCAAUUGUAUUCCAUAUAGACCUUCCCCGUAGCCGACGUGGACGAAAGUAGGUCUCCCUAUUUACUCGAACAGCCCUUCGCCGUGACGGCAGCCUUUUGACGGGCAGUAGUGGGUGGCAAUGAGCAAUGCACCACAACUGAAUGCACAUUUGCGUACGCCGUACAAACGGAAAAGGCGUCCAAGCGUUUGAAUAUUUUACGGGAAAUUUGCACACCGCAGUUUCGCACCAUUUUACUGCCUGCCUACCUAAUAAAAAAUAUUUACCUACCGAUAACGUUGCUUAUUUUCCUAUUGGAAUCGGUCAGACUUUCAAAAUCCAACUGGAACUGGUUGUCAAUUUUUUUUUGGAUCUGGUAAACACACUUUGAAUUGUUUAUUAUAAGACACCCAAUUUCAAAUUCCAUUUGAUCCGAUCUCGGAAAAAACGUCAACCUACGGUGGCGUGGUUGGGACUUUCAAUUGACGACUAUCGCUUGCUUCGAUCCGAUUGUUGUUACUGCACCAGUAACAUUUAGCAAAAAGUGCAGGAAGUGUCAUUUAAACAAGAUUCCUUUAUUCGGUACUGUCGUUCUGUACUGAAUCGAAGGGACUAUGCAGUUGUUUCCGGAAAUAAACUCACCACAAUCACCAUAAGUGAAGACGAUUUAUGCUAAACUGUACUGCAGAAAAUUCGAGUGAUUUACAGCAAGUCCCAGAGUGGAAAGGUGCUAGGCGAAAUAAGUGAAGAAAGAAAGCUGAACGAUUGUCGUGCAACCCCCAAGCAUCAUGUAUCAAAAAGUGAGCCAACUGGAAGAUGGAGAGAAGCGCGACCUGAACGACCCAGUCAAUUCUCACCGACAAAGUCAUCACCAUCAACAGCAGCAGCAGCACCAGCAACCUCUCAUCCAAUACCGUCCUCCUCGGUUUACAACCUCCAGCGGUUCGCUCGAUUACGACUACUACGAGGACAUGGAUGAACGGGACAGUAUCUACCUGGACGCAGUAUCCGUCAGUUCCGAUGGGACCAAUCGAAAAUCCCUGUACCUUUCCCGACAAACCGUGUACCAUUCGGCGGAGGAGCUUCCGCUGGAUUCGGUAAACGGUGGUACUGGAGGUGGAGGUGUCACUGUUGCCAACGACAGUUUGACUAGUGUCAAAACCACCACCGAAUCGCUGCUCAAUGAUUCCCGUGCCAACGGUGGUCUGGUGAAUUUACCGUACGAACCACGGGUGAACAGUGCCGGUGGCGGCAGUGUUGGCGGUAUCCUGAAGCGGCCCGGAUUGACCACCAAGUACAAUGAAGAGGUGGUUGUUAAACAUGAUUCAUCAUCCACUUUCCGUUCUUCUCCUCAAACCAUUACCACUAACACCGAUGAUGACCGUAAGCAUGAGCCAAGACAGAUAGUUACAUAUUCGCUGUGGAAAUCUAGGACAUGGAACCGCUUCCACGACGGACGACGUGUAGUCGACUUCAUUCUGGCCUUCAACGGGCAGACCCAGUGCGAGGAGGCAAAACGAAAGCGGGCCACCUUUCAGCAGAACUUGAUCAACGAGGGACUGGAAAUCGAGCUGGAAAGUUCCCAGCGGAUUCAUUUCGUCAAAAUCCACGUCCCGCCGGAGGUUGUCUCGCGGUACUGCGAGAUCAUGAAGAUGCAGAUGCCGAUCGUUAAGCUGAAGGGACAGGAAAACAUUCUGGCGAAGGAUUUCAGUCUCAGCGAUACGCUGGCGAAAUUGUUCCGGCGUCCCAUGUUCAAGUUCGUCAUCAUCGAUCGGGACAAGUUCCGGAAGAAGGAGUACCGGCUGAAGCACGAAUACUGUCGGGAGAAGUCGUAUCUGUUCGAUGACGUUCGAGCAGACUUUUUCACGCCGAGCAUUCGAAUUUCGGUAGCUUAUUUCAUCCUACAGCGGACGUAUUUUAGCGAUAGUGAGGAUGAAAAGUUUGACAUCGGCCUGCGGAAGCUGCUAAACGACGAAGUGUAUUUGGAUGCGUAUCCGUUGCAUGACGGCAGUCCGGACCUACCGGAAUUGGAAUGCCAACGGACGCUGUUACUCGAAGAGUGGGCUUCGGUCGUACGGUGGAUCAAGCAUCAACCGCUGGAUCACAUCAAGGAGUACUUCGGGGUGAAGGUUGCCAUGUAUUUCGCGUGGUUGGGAUUCUACACGCACAUGUUGAUUUCCGCUUCGGUCGUGGGACUGAUUUGCUUCUUCUACGGCCUGCUAACGUUCCGCAGUAACCGGAUCAGUCAGGAAAUAUGCAACGACAGCGGAACGGUUAUGUGCCCCCAGUGCGAUGCCAAAUGCGAUUACUGGCAGCUGAAUUCGACCUGCACGACCUCGCAGCUGGCGCAUAUUUUUGAUAACAAUUUUACCAUCGCUUUUGCAGUGUUCAUGUCUAUCUGGGCCACGCUCUACCUCGAAAUGUGGAAAAGGUACUCCUCCGCCAUUCAGCACAGCUGGGGUGUCACCGAUUAUUGUUCGCUUGCGGAACCACCCCGACCUCAGUAUCUGGCCAGGCUGAAGGAUAGUAAAAAGACAAUUUUUAACAUUGUCACCGGCACUCAAGAGCCGUCUCCGCCAUUUUGGACCAAACGUUUGCCCAGUUUUUUGUACAGUUACUCAGUGAUAUUCCUUUUCAUUGUCCUCGCAAUCGGUGCCGUGUUCGGCAUUGUCAUCUACCGCAUGUCUCUGAUGACAUCCCGCAACAUCUACGGCAGUCCGGAUGCCGUCAGUACCAAGUUACUGCUACUGCCGGCAACGGCUGCCGUCAUCAAUCUGCUUGUUUCGACGGUGCUAAACUACCUGUACGACUACGUGGCGGUUUACAUGACCGAUAUCGAGUACCGGCGGACGCAGAGCGAAUACAACGAAAGUCUUACGCUGAAGAUCUACCUGUUCCAGUUCAUCAAUUACUACACUUCGAUCUUCUACAUCGCUUUCAUGAAGGGCAAAUUCACCGGGUAUCCGGCAAAGUACAACCGGAUACUGACCUUCCGGCAGGAGGAAUGCAGUCCCGGCGGGUGUCUGAUGGAACUGUGCAUCCAGUUGGCGAUCAUCAUGAUCGGCAAACAGUUGAUUUCGUUGGUGCUGGAAAUUUUGCUGCCGUUUCUUUGGCAGAAAUUUCGCGAGUUUCGAAGUGUGCUUGGAAUAGAAUCGGAGGAUUCCGAGAGCGGGGAAAAGCUGAUCUGUUGCAAUCAAUGGACCAAAGAUUUCACCCUGAUCAGCUGGCACGAUCGGAGUUUGUUUGAGGAAUACUUGAAAAUGAUUAUUCAAUAUGGCUUCAUCACCAUUUUUGUGGUGGCUUUCCCGCUGGCUCCAUUGUUUGCCCUGCUGAACAACGUCUUCGAAACCCGGCUGGAUGCGAAAAAGUUCCUCCUGUACUACAAACGGGCCGUUCCGCAACGGGUGCGGGAUAUCGGCAUUUGGUACAACGUAAUGCAUGUGCUGGGGAAAAUUGCCGUUAUUUCAAGUGCAUUUAUCAUCGCCUUCUCGUCCAACUUUAUCCCGCGGCUGGUCUACAUGUACGUGGUCAGUCCGACCAGAACGGACGAAGGUUUCGUCAAUCACACGUUGGCUUAUUUUAAUGUGAGUGAUUUUGAAGCCGGCGUAGCACCGAUGGAAUCAAAGUUCGAGAACGUGACGGUUUGUCGAUACCAGGAGUACCGGAAUCCACCCGGAGUCGAGCGGGCCUAUAAGCGACCGCUGAUUUACUGGCACAUACUGGCCAUUCGGUUGGCUUUCGUUGUGAUCUAUCAGAACGUGGUCAGCUUCGUGCAGAUUGUGGUGGCUUGGGCCAUUCCGGACACUCCCGGGCGGCUGCAGGAUCAGAUCAAGCGGGAACAGUAUCUGACGAAUGAGUUUAUCAUCCAGCAGGAGAAACUUCGGACGGACAAACGCUGUAGGGCAAGUAGCUUACAGCGGAACGGAACCCAGGUGGUCAGACAGCAGAGCAGUCCCGGUGAGUACGGAGGAGAUGGCACUUCCGGACUGACGGAAGACGACGAAGAUGAGUACGCGAUAAGACAGAGAGGACGACAGAACAGUGACCCGUACCGACAUGAGCCCUUUCAGGAGUGUGAAAUUAUCACCUCCCGGGUUUAGGGCGCGAGUUGUUCCCGGCUCGAAAAAUGAGUGUGUGUAAUGUUACCUAAGACAAAAUUUUGCGCUGCUGACUCGAACGAUCAAACCGUACUGAUAUGCCUUUUGGUGUUAUUUUUUUGUUAAGUGUAAGAAAAAAAACUGUUACAGUAAAUAGUUAAGUUGAAACUCCACAGCUCUUCGAAGCCUGGAAAACACGAGAAGAGGAUUACAAUUCUCGAAAUGCCAAUUUUGAACGAACCAGUUUCACUGCACAACAAAUUUGUGUGGACAAAUCAGAACAAAACAAACAAAAAACAUUUGUUAGACUAUACUCUAUUCAUACUGAUUGGACAUAAAAUGAACAAUUAUUUAUUUGUAUCUAGAUAAAAUAAAUCGUUUUAAA